AUAACAAUUUGGUCAUCGAACUUCCAGAGUCAACCCGAUCGAUCGCACAAUUUAAUCGCAACUACGGAUCUAAUCCAUUCUUUUUUUGCCGCUUCUCCUCUAAAUCUAAUAUCCAAACCUGUCCUUAUUUAUUUGCUUGAUGACUAGUUUUGCCAGCCUGCAAAUUCUAAUGGCGAAUGAGUAAUUUGACUUGACAACGCGGCAACAAGCCAAGCCAGCCCAGCUGCUUCGGUUUCAAGAUCAAGACUCAAAGAGGAGCGCUAUAAAAUGGUGGUAGCUCCUGGAGUCCCAGGAAUUUAUCCGAAACCCAAUAAACCCCACGAAUCAUCAAAAACCCAGCUUCUCCCUUUUCUAGAUUCCUUGGUUUCUCAUUUCGCCUUCCUCGCCAAGCUAUACCUCCACUGCUUCUAAAACCCUCCAAACCUUCCUCAAUCUUUCAUUUUCAUUCCCCAUCGUCUGACCGGAAAUCAUGGCGGAGCAGAAUGGUUCGUCGUCGGGAACUGGACGACGGCUGGUGGUCGUUGGAGGAGGCGUUGCUGGUUCAAUGCUCGCCAAAUCAGCCCAAUUCACUGCCGACGUUACCCUCAUUGACCCGAAGGACUAUUUCGAGAUCACAUGGGCAAACUUGAGGAGUAUGGUCGAGCCUUCGUUUGCAGAGAGAGCAGUGAUCAAGCAUCGAGACUACUUCACGAAUGGGCGCGUCGUAACGUCCAAUGCUAUCAAUAUCACCGAGAAAGAAGUCAUAACGGAAGAGGGCGAAGCGGUUGGCUAUGACUAUCUUGUUGUUGCAACUGGCCACAGGGACCCUGUUCCUAAGACUAGGAAGGAAAGGCUUGCUCAAUACCAUUCAGACAAUGAGAAGAUCAAGUCAGCUAGUUCCAUUUUGAUUGUUGGAGGGGGUCCUACUGGCGUUGAACUUGCUGGAGAAAUCGCUGUGGAUUACCCCGAAAAGCAGGUGACACUUGCUCAUAACGGUUCAAGGCUGCUGGAGUUUAUUGGGCCAAAGGCUGGAGACAAGGCAUUGAAAUGGCUGCAAUCAAGGAAGGUUGAAGUGAAGCUGGAGCAGAGAGUCGAUCUAGACAAUGUCUCAGAUGACGACGGCAGCAAAACGUAUCAUACCUCAUCCGGGGAAACUAUCCAAGCAGAUUGCCAUUUCUUGUGCACUGGGAAACCACUGGCCUCGUCAUGGCUCAAGGAUACCGUGUUGAAGAGUCACUUGGAUGCUAAGGGAAGGCUGAUGGUUGAUGAGUACUUGAAGGUCAAGGGCAGAGAUAAUGUCUUUGCGAUCGGAGAUAUCACCGACAUUCCUGAGCUUAAACAAGGGUACCUGGCGCAAAACCAUGCUACAGUUGUUGCGAAAAACCUCAAGGAAACUUUAAGCGGAGGAAAGCCGUGCAGAUUGAGCACUUACAAGCCAGGAUCAGACUUGGCAAUCGUUUCACUGGGCAGAAGGGACGCUGUGGCACAGUUCCCAUUUAUAACAGUUAGUGGCAUUCUUCCAGGCUUGAUCAAAUCCAAAGACUUGUUUGUGGGGAAAACCAGAAAGGCGAUGGGGCUAGACCCUAAUGUUGUAGACCAUUGAAGCAUCACUGUGUGUACUGAAUCACUUGGCGUGAUCGUGUUGUAUUUGUACGCGUCUUCCAUAAUGUUUUCUUGUUCUUCCUGUAUUUAAGGUUCGGCGUUGGUGGUUUGUGUGGGGGGAUGUGAUGCAAUGUUAUGUGCUAUAGAUUCGAGCUUCGCUAAGUUGUUGUAUGAUGUGUUCUUUGUAGGGUUGCUCACCCGAAUUUACGAUUGAAUUCACAUUGGAAUUGAACGUUUUUUUUUUUAUGUUUAUGUGAUCAUUAAGUAGUAAAUGGAGAGCAUCAUUACAAAUGAGAAGAGAAAGGGAGAAAAGGCAAAAUCCCUAGUCACAGUCAUCAGAUCUCUUUCUUUCUAGUCAGAACACCAGAAAAAGGGGAAUCCGCAAGGAUAACGGAAACUGAACGACAUUUCUUUCUAAUAGCUGCUUUUUUGGCAACUAAUGGCGUCACACCUUUAGCAGCCUAAAGUCAAGCACCAUGUUUCGUAUUAGAACUUUGAAGUUUACAAGUAAAGAAUAUCAGAUGUA